UUAUUAGGUAUAAUGAAUCUGAUUUAUGUAUAAAAUACAGUGAUGGGAUCCAAAUUAAAAGUGAAAAAAAGGAAAAGACCAAACAACUUUUAGACCAACAACUAACUGGCAAAAAUGAAAAUAGGUGAUAAUAAUCUGCUAUCAAGGAGCACAGGAAUAUGAGCAUUCUAAUUCAAAUAGUAUCAUUUUGGAGGGCAAAUUGAUUAUAACCAUCAAAAAUUUAAACGGUGAUCUCUUCAUCAACCUAAUUACUUGCACUCCUGAAAAUUGUUAGCAUGCCACGAGGGCAGAAGAGUAAGCUCCGGGCCCGUGAGAAACGCCGCCAGGCCCGAGGGAUGACCCAGGAAAUGGAGGGUGUGCAGGCUCCUGAAGCGGAAGGAGAACACACCUCCUCGGCUUGUCCUUGCUCUGAGGCUAGAUGUCAGGGUUUGCCUGCCGCUGUGACACCCAGUGCCGCUAAGGAACGGCAGGGAACCCCAUCUGCGACCAAUACUGCUGCAGCCGAUGUUUCACCGGCCAAUUCGGAUGAAGGUGCCAAAAGCCAGGAAGAGGCCAACCCCAAAUCCUGCAGGGGCACUGAGGGCAUGCGCAGAGAUCCUCUCAACAAGAAGGUGGUUUUGUUGGUGCAGUUCCUGCUGCAGAAGUAUCAGAAGAAAGAGCCAAUUACGAAGGCAGACAUGCUGAAGUUUGUUAUCAAAAAGCACAAGAGUCAUUUCAAUGAGAUUCUCAAGAGAGCCUCUGAGCACAUGGAGCUGGCCUUUGGUGUCGACGUGAAGGAGGUGGAUCCCAUCAGGCACUGCUAUGCCCUCGUUAGCAAACUCGAUCUCACCACCGACGGAACCGUGUAUGAUGACGGCUACAUGCCGAAGACCGGCCUCCUGAUGAUCGUGCUGGGUGUGAUCUUCAUGAAAGGCAACUGUGCCACAGAGGAGGAAGUCUGGGAAGUGCUCAACAUGAUGGGGGUGUAUUCUGACAGGAAGCACUUCAUCUAUGGGGACCCCAAGAAGGUCAUCACUCACGAUUUGGUGCAGCUCAAGUACCUGGAGUACCGCCAGGUGGCCUACAGUGAUCCCCCCCGCUUUGAGUUCCUGUGGGGUACACGAGCCCAUGUGGAAACCAGCAAAAUGAAGGUCCUUGAGUUCUUAGCCAAGGUCCACGAUACCGUCCCCAGUGCCUUCCCAGCCUGGUAUGAAGAGGCUUUGCGAGAUGAGGACGAGCGUGCCCGCGCCAGAGCUGCCGCCAGAGCUCGUACCGCUGCCAUAGCCAGUGCGCGAACCAGGACCCUGACCGGCAGUUCCUCCCACGCCAAGUAAAGCCUGAAGCUGAUUCUUCCCUUUGGGGAUGAAAAGGUUUUAUUUCAAGUGUUGAAGUCUGAGGCAGAUUGUUUUUUUUGUGGACGAAAUGGGCAUUCGACAUUCUAGAUAGUGGCUGGCCUAGGUGGGCCUGGAGAGGACACGUUGUUCUCUGUGUUCCUGUUCAAUAUGGUAAAGACUUUUAGCUCUCCUUUUUCUUUCUUUUUAUUAACUUUUAGAUAUUGUGUCUUUAACAGAAGGUUUAACUGAAUUUAGAAUCCUAAUUUAUUAAUGCUUUAGUUUCAUAUCUACUACAACUCGAUAGGUUCCGACUAGUUUUAUUAUUUCAUAAAGCAAAUUGAGAAACCUUUCCUAUUUCUUAAAGCUCAAAAACAAAACACAGCACUCUAAUAGGCAUUUCCUUCAAAAUGUGAAUAAAGUUAAUAAUAAAAUUUUGAGAUCAAAAAACAGGAGAAACAUAAAAUGUUCAACUGUUGGUUUCCCUUAGUCAUUUCACUCUGUAGUUCUGUAAAAAUAAAAGAUACAUACCUGGAUUUGCUUGGCUUAUUAAAGAAUGUAGGAUAAAUAAAAUGUU